AUGGGUCGACGACCGCCAAAGAUCUUGGAGCUCUUUUCACCUCCACGGCUGUCGCUUCGAGCUCUGGAGGCAGGACUGGAGACUACCAAGCCAUCCAACCUGGACCUGACUUCUGGGUGGGACGCCUUGCAGUGGAGAGACAGAAAGAAGAUGUGGCAGAUACUAGAAGAGCAAAAGCCCGACGUCGUGAUCAUGAGUCCUGACUGCAGAAUGUUCAGCCAGUUGAUGAACGUCAACCUGGAACGCAUCCCAAUAGAGAGGCUCACCAGAGAUCAGAUGCAGGCGUUGGUCAUGUGGCAACUAUGCUUGCAGGUGGCUGACUACCAGCUACAGAGAGGUCGCUCCUUUGUGUUGGAGCAACCGGGUGGAGCCUCCUCGUGGCAGACGCAUGGAGCUCAGUGGCUGUCCAAGCAGGAUCAGGUUCAUCAUUUUCUUUUUGAUCAAUGCGAGCUUGGGCUCAGAGUGACGCCCACGGGUUUGUCCCGGAAAACCACAGGUCUUAUGACCAACCAUCUUGGAGUGGCCUUCCUUCUCUCACAGUAUCAGUGCACGAAGUCGCAUGGUCAUGUUCCUUUGGAGAGCGGUCUGCCAAGCUGGACGGCAUCGCUCGAGGCACAUCAGAGUUUGCUGGAUGACGUUCUCGCCGAUGAAGACGACGACGAGGACAUGGGUGAGAGGCAACCAAGGACUCCAGGUACUCUGCAUAGAGAUUCAUCCGAGAGCUUGACAGUUGAGCAGAAGAAAAAGAUAGAGCUACUUCACUGCAACAUGGGACAUCUCUCACGUGAUCAAAUGUUGCUCAUGCUGCGAGCGGCCAACGCCAAAGAAGGCGUGCUGAAGUAUACGAAGCAACGCAAGACUUGGGCUGGCAAGAAAUUGAUGCUGACGCUUAUGAUCAAGAUACCGCCGCAGCUGCCUUCAACAGGUCACAUCACAUCAGGCAAAGAGCCAAGCAGCUGUGCCACCAGCAAGGAGAAGAUUCGACUCGCCACCAGGCAGCGAAUUCACAAGCAGAGAAAUUGGGCCGUAGGUGAACUACAGGAGCUGACCAAGCAAGGCAGAUCUAGCAAGGCGGGCGCAGUCGAUGUGUCAUCCGAGGGACCUCCUCCUGAAGAUGUCGAGCUUCAUCCAGUUCCAUCCUCGGAGAUUGAUCGGCCCUUGAGCAUGCCCAAUCGAAGUCAAGAUAAGUCUGCAAACAGUGCAGAGGCAGGGACAGCAGAGGAGAAUUCCAUGAUCGCCUGGAAAGAAGAACUUCUGGCUGAGAUGAGCAAGGAGGCCUUGAAUUUCCUCGAGUUCAAGGUGGAGAAUGAGUGUUUGAUGGUGAAGCCCAUCAAGACCAAAAACCAAGAGUUCAACAUGAAGGAGGCCACCUGCGAAGAAAGACGAGGAUUUGAGGCAGCUGAUCAAGCAGAAUGGAAGACUAUCUUGGACCUGAAGGCCGUCAAGGUACUAAGCCCAGAUGACUCCAAGAAGGUGCGACGUCAAUGUCCUCAUCGCAUUCUGCAAUCCAGGUUCGUCAGAAGAAAGAAGCCCGUGCCAGGUCUUGGCCAGUGGAAGUUCAAAUCACGUUGGUGCGUUUUGGGUCACAGUGAUCCUGAUAGUGGCACAUAUUCCACCUAUUCACCCAUGCCUAUGACAGAGAGCAUUUCCAUUUUCUUUCAGCUGUGCACCAACAUGGACUUGACAGUCACGUUCUGCGAUGUGACUCAGGCAUUCUGUCAGUCUGAACCCUUGGUAAGACCUCAAGGAGAGCUCUAUGUUGAAGCGUGUGAGGGACUAGGACUUCCAGCUGGCACGUUGAUACAAUUGGUGGCUCCUGUGUAUGGCCUUGAGGACGCUCCUCUCAGGUGGCGUCAGACAGUGAUCAGCUACCUGACGGAGCUUGGCUUUGAGAGGAGUCUUCUGGAACCGUGUUGGUAUGUUCGCCGAGACGACAAGGGUUCCAACGAGGUUGACACCGUUCAAGGAGCUUGGGUGAUCAUGGCCGCGGACAGACUUCCGAGCGCAUCGCAGAAGAUCAAGGCUGAUAUCACUAGAUCGAAUGGAGCUUUAGAAGAUUUGUUGAGGACGUCGAAACUGGUUCUCUGGGACGAAAAGGAGGAAUUGAAACUCCGCAAAGAUGAUCCCAUGGCCAGGUACAGUAAAAGUGACCAGUCCAUCGACGAGCUUCUUCUGCCCGGCUAUGAGAAGGACCAGGUCGAAGUGUCACCACUAUUCCUGCUGGAGCGGGAUGUGCUCAGGGCCUUGUGCUUAGGCUCUGAGCCGAAGCAGCUGUUGACGCUGCCGGCACUGCCCGCACUUCCCGCCGCUGAGGCCGGCCGAAAGCAUGGUUUCUUCAGCGAAGAGGAAGAUGGGCCAAGGAUGCCCAAACUGCCGUUUGCCUCGCGGUUGGCUGACUCAGAGGCCAUGCCAGGCGCGAUGGCUCGACUGGGCAUUUUCCCUAGCUUCUCCAUGCCAGAGGCAUCACCCGGCGAUGGAGCUCCUUUGAAGGCAAGCCCCAGAAGCUUGCUGGAACAAAUUGCCUUUGACAUCGAGGAUGUGUCAAAGUGCUAUGCUGAUGGAAAGGAGGGUGAGGGGUCACCACAAAUUGAGGAGGCCUCAGAUCUAGGGCCAAUCAUCGAGUCUUCCAACAACUUCUGUGGAGGAGGGUGCUUGGUGAUAAAGCCCAUCGCAGGCCUCGAUCCAGGGGAUCUCAAUCCCUAUGAUGCAGAGUGGCUGAAAGCCAAGCGUGAGGAGGACGAAGAGGACAUUGAACAGGGCCUGAGAAUCCCCAACUUCAUGCCAAACAAUUUCUGCCUGUUUGGAUUUAUCUUGCAGUGCUUGGUGCUUUCUAUCCAAGGCAAACUGACUGAUGUUGACUCUUGA